GAGAAAAUGAAGGGACGAAGGUCAGGAUAGGACUGAGAUGAUUCGAGCUGGCGGCGACGUCUGAACCAGACCGCCUGGAAUUGGAUUUACUUUCCGAGAUCAACUUCUCCUUCGUCGAGAACUUCAUCAAUUGUGAUCUAAACAAACGAUAUCCAGUGUUACUGGUCGUAUCCAAUAAGUCUUCCAAGACUUACUGAACCUGUGAAAAAUGAAGGAACCCAAAGAAGACAAGUAUCAUUUGUUUUGGUUUGUUUCCCUGACAACCACCACGACAUUGAGAGGAAGUGCUCGGCACUCUCCACUUUCCUUCGUUGCCCUGGUAAUGGUUCUCCUGGCACUCUUGGCCCUCUUGGCACCCCACGUCGAGGCUCAGAGCGCCACCAAGGUGUCGGAGACUCACGGGAUAAACUUCCACCACAAGCGAGAUCACUGGUACGGUGAACUGAAAGAUCAGCCACAGUUAAGAAUUGAGUCGAGUGUCCGAACGAUUCCCAGUCAAACGUCGGGGUGGAAAAACGACGCCAAAGGUCCUUACGGCGGGUCUUACGCCAACCCCAAGUGGCAGGAGACCGUCAGAACCACCCAUAACUCCCUCCCGAAGACGGCUUCAGAGCACGAACAGGAGGAGGAGGAAGAAGAGGAAGAGGACCCGACAGACCGGCAAAAGCGAACGGAAGCGGAGCAGUCAGUAGCGAGCAGCUGGCAAGGCAGCUCUCGCCUCACCCUGAAGGAGGGGGGCUACGAGGGUCUGGUGGUUGAUGUCAGCAAUAAGGUGCCACAAGAUGACUGCCGCACCGUCAUCGAUGGCUUACAGACGGUGUUGAAUGCGUGGUCUCGAGCGCUACACUUGGCCACAGAGGGCGUAGCCUACCUCAGGUCUGCCAUUGUGGUCCUGCCGGCCCACUGGUCCAUCCGCGCCUGCCACCCGCCCAUCUCUGGUGACCCGCCACCUCCGCCCACCCAAACCCCGCACCUGAAGGUGGCCUCGCCGCACCCGGUGUUCGGGGACGCGCCCUGGACGCAACAGAGCGGAGGCUGUGGCCAGCAAGGAGACUUCAUCCAGUUCGGAGUCGGGUUUCUGGAGGCGGCCAACACCUCCGCUGACCACGCCGCUCGGGCCGCCAGUGUGCUGGUAGGAGAGUGGGCCAAGUAUCGCUGGGGACUGUUCUCGGAGGCUGGAUACCCAGGAGACCAGCUGUACUUACCCUGGUAUAGGGAGGGCCCGCGAUGGGCGGCCACCGUGUGUACUGACGCCCGUGUCGGCCCUCCUGCCUGCCACCCUGACCACGCCCACCACUGUACCUGGCCGCCCGAAGCUCACAGGAAUGCUACCUCAUCCCUCCUGGCACUUCCACACCUCCUUCAGGUGACCAAGUUCUGUGACGCCCACACCCACAACAGAGAAGCCCCCACGAAGCAGAACGCGCUGUGUGACGGCCGGUCAGCGUGGGAAGUCAUGAGAGAACGUAAAGAUUUCCAGGAGCAGAGGAGUACACCAAGGCAGGCGCCGUCCAGACCACCUCAGAUACACUUCAUACGCCAGCCAACACAGCGGUUCGUACUGCUGGUGGAAGACACAGCGGUCAUGAACGUGCAGCGUCGAUGGGAGUUCGUGCGUAAGGCAGUGCGUAGAGUGGUCGUCUACGACCUGCCCAACGGGGCUCAGGUGGCCGUCGCAGUCUUUAACGCCGAGGACAGGGAAGCUGCGCCUCUCUCCACUGUGCUGGAGUCGACGAUCUCAGACCUGAGAGAGCGAGUGGGCUCCUCGCUGCCCAGGAACCCCUCCAACGUCAGGGAGAGCCAGGCCUGCGUCGUCUGUGGCAUUAAGCGAGCUGUCAGGGUCCUGGAGGAAGGAGGGGCACCCCCACAGGCGGCCAACAUCGUGUUGGUGACGAGCGGAGGCGACGGCCGGGAGAACGAAGCAGACGAGGUCCGGAGUCUGGUGCAGAAGUACGGUCUGAGACUGCUGCUGGUGCUGUACCCGCUGGCCGAGCGUCCCGGCCUGCCAGCCCCGCCGCAUGCCCUCGUCCCCAUCGCCAGAGAGUCUGGAGGUCGGGUCUUCACCGUCAUGGACGAGGGAGUCGGUAUAGAUUCAAAGUUGACUGAAUAUUGUGGUAUUGAUCCCUAUUGA